AUGACACACGAUAAACCACUAGAUAAUACUGAAGACAUUGUCAGCCACAGUGAACACGAAGAUACCGAUGUUGAAGAAGAAAUUGAACAGCCGACAUCUGGUAUCCAGGGUCAAAUCAUACCAGAUGAUCAUCCAGAUCAAAUUGACGCUGAUGCUGAUUUAACUAAUGAUUAUCCUGAUGAUUCAGAAUAUGUGGACUUGAUUCAUUUGAAGAUCAGAUCUAUGGAGGAUUUAAAUCUUGGUAGAUUUAAAAAUUUGAAAGGUUUGGUGUUGAGACAAAAUUUAUUGGAUUCUAUAAGUGAUGUUAAGAAUAUAAAUCAAGAUAUUGAGGAAUUAGAUUUUUAUGAUAAUAGAAUCAAACAUAUUUCAAGUCAUUUGAAUGGAUUGAUUAAGCUAAAGAAUUUGGAUUUGAGUUUCAAUAAGAUUAGAAAUAUUAAAAACAUUGAAAAUUUAACUGAAUUAGAAAAUCUAUAUUUUGUUCAAAAUAAAAUUAGUGAAAUUGUUAAUUUAGAUAAUUUUACUAAAUUGAAAAACUUGGAAUUAGGUGGUAAUAGAAUUUCUAAGAUUGAAAAUUUAGAUAAACUUGAAAACCUUGAAGAACUAUGGCUUGGUAAGAAUAAAAUUCCAAGAUUUGAAAAUCUAAAUCCAUUACGCAAUUUAAAAAUCUUAUCAAUUCAAUCAAAUAGAAUAACCAAAUUAGAAGGCUUAGAAAACUUGGUAAAUUUAGAAGAGCUAUAUGUUUCACAUAAUGGUAUUGAAAAAAUUGAAGGUUUAGAAAACAACAAAAAAUUAACUACAUUAGAUAUAACAUCAAAUCGUAUAACAGAUUUAGAAAACCUAUCACAUCUUACAGAAUUAACAGAUCUUUGGGCAUCAUCAAAUAAAAUAUCAUCAUUUGAUCAAGUUGAAAAAGAACUAAAAGAUUUGAAACAAUUAGAUACAGUUUAUUUUGAAGGAAAUCCACUACAGUUACAAAACCCAACAAGCUAUAGAAGAAAAUUAAUCAUGUUUUUACCACAAGUUCAAAAAAUUGAUGCAACUUAUGUUCGUUGA